CCUCCCAAACACAAUCUCAACUUGUACAAUUGGCAUUCAACCCGAUCCGUUUUUUUGAAAUCCGGCUGUCCGCAGUACUUUGAACGUCCCGCUUCGUCACCAUGUCCUACGCGUGGACGGGGGCGCCCGCCGUCUUCAAUGGCACCAAUGAUGAGACCGGAGGAGACUCCAAAACCGAGAACCUGAACCAAUGGUACCAAUCGGGAGACCAGGCUUUCAUCAUCGUCUCAGCAUGCAUGGUAUUGCUCAUGGUACCGGGCAUCGCCUUCCUCUACUCAGGACUGUCGCGAAGAAAAUCUGCCCUGUCCCUCAUAUGGGUCGUCAUGAUGUCCUUCUCCGUCGUCAUAUUCCAGUGGUACUUCUGGGGCUACUCCCUCGCCUUCAGCACAAAGGCUACGAACGGCUUCAUCGGCGACUUACAUCACUUCGGCCUCAUGAACACAUUGGCUGUUCCCUCACCGGGCUCUCCGCUCAUCCCGGAGUUGCUGUACUCGUUCUACCAGAUGAUGUUCUGCGGUGUCACUGCAGCCCUCGUGAUUGGUGCCGUUGCCGAGCGCGGUCGUGUGCUACCAGCCAUGAUCUUCGUCUUCUUUUGGGCCACCAUCGUCUACUGCCCGCUCGCGUGCUGGAUCUGGAACAUUAACGGCUGGGGCUACAACUACGGUGUGUUGGACUACGCAGGAGGUGGCCCUGUCGAGAUUGGCUCGGGUAUGUCGGCGCUUGCGUACUCCUGGAUCCUCGGCCGUCGCCACGAGAGGAUGAUGCUCAACUUCCGACCCCACAACGUCUCUCUCGUCACCCUCGGAACGGUUUUCCUAUGGUUCGGUUGGCUCGGGUUCAACGGCGGCUCCGCGUUCGGUGCUAACUUGCGUGCCACCAUUGCUUGCUGGAACUCUUGCUUGACGGCCAUGUUUGCCGCCAUGACAUGGUGUCUCCUCGAUUUCCGCCUGGCUAAGAAGUGGUCCAUGGUUGGUUGGUGCUCGGGUACCAUUUCCGGCCUCGUCGCAGCCACACCCGCAUCUGGUUUCAUUCCUCCUUGGGCGUCUAUUAUCCUCGGUGUUGUCACCGGCAUUUGCUGCAACUUUGGCACUAAGGUUAAAUUCCUGAUCAAAAUCGACGACUCUCUCGAUGUCUUCGCUGAACACGCGAUCGGCGGCAUCGUAGGACUCAUCUUCAACGCUCUCUUCGGCGCCAACUACAUCGUCGGCUUGGAUGGCGUGAACAACGGCGUGGUCGCUGGUGGCUGGGUAGACCACCACUACGCACAGCUCUACAUCCAAAUCGCGUACAUCGUCGCGACAUGCGCCUACUCCUUCGUGGUAUCCGCCAUCAUCGCGAAGCUGAUCGACCUCAUCCCCGGCCUGCACCUUCGCGCCUCGGAGGAAGCCGAGCUCAUGGGCAUGGACGACGACCAGCUCGGCGAGUUCGCGUACGACUACGUCGAGGUGCGCCGCGACUUCCUCGCCUGGACCCCGGCCAAAGAGGAACCCGUCGCCGACGGCCACCGCAUCGUCCCACAGCACGGCAUCGAGGAACACCAGAACCUGGCCAACACCGCCGGCCACACGCCCCCCGGCUCCUCGGGAAUCGAGGCCAAACGCGAGAAAAUGGGCGUCUCCGUCCGCGCGCCGGCGAAGGAGUUCGCCGCGGAACAAAAGGUCGAUAGUAGUUCUAACUCGGCACACGCGUCGUCGUAAAAUUCAUACAUCUUUUUUUUUUCGACUACGGCUUUGUAUAACUCUUCAUCAUCUGUGUUAGUUACCUAUUGUCUGGAAAAACUUGGGGGGUUUUUUUUUUGGUUUCUUAUAUAUAUACUCCACAGCCGGCGAAGUUUAGUAUUUUUUUUUUUCUUGGGUUUUCUAAUUUAAAUUUUGUAUUGAAAAUUUAUCAUCGUGUUCGGCGCUGCUGGGCAGUAUAUAUCGAUAUUUAUCUCUUAACUAUAUAUAUAUAUAUCUAUAUAUAACUAACUAUUUAUAUUUUUAUCUUUGGGUUGAAUACUUGGGUUUUAUCUCACAUUGGGGAGAAAAAGUAACUUUUGAAUUUUAUAUACGAUGUAUUACCCGUGUGCUUUAUAUCCUUAUCCGCUGCGUGGAAAGUUUCGUGUGAUGAGGAUUGCGAUUGAAGGGGUGGCGGAGCGCUCUUUUGAGUGUGGGUUGAUUGAGGUGUUGAAGUAGUUGCGAACUUCUAUCGAGAGGAAUUCAUGCCA